AUGGGUAAGGAAAAAACACAUAUUAACUUAGUUGUUAUUGGUCACGUCGAUAGUGGAAAAUCAACCACUACAGGUCACAUUAUUUACAAAUUAGGAGGUAUAGAUAGAAGAACUAUUGAAAAAUUUGAGAAAGAAUCUGCUGAAAU